CAACUCCCCAGUAAUGCUGUUGAAGCUUCAUGAAGCUGCUCGAUGAGAUUCUGGGAUCAAUAAGCUGCUGACAACCCAAGGAGCAAGCUGGGCCGAGUGGGCUCCUCUGGUUUGUAAACUUGAAUAUGUUUAACAUGGUCGUCCCCACCCCUAAAAAAAUAAAUCCCUUCCCUUUAAGAAGCCGGUCGCCUGGUAAAGCGUCACAGAGGCCCUUCGUUCCCCGGCGCCUCACAACACACAGGCAGAUCGACAAACAGAGAGAGGGGGGGCGGAAGUUCAAAACUUGAAAUUGAUCCGCGAUACAAAAUAAAAAAAUAAACAAAAACGCAAACCUGCGCAAAUUCUACACCAGCGAGCGAGGGCAGCGCCGCUCACAGACAGGCUCCUCGUCCUCUCUGGGCAGUGCAGGCACGUUAUGAACAGGGGUGGGGGCAACGCCAGAACACCCCGCCCUCCCUCCGCCAGCCAGCACCGCCAGCUGACCCGCUGGCCCCAACAGAACCAGCACAGCAGCUGGGCCAUCCAGAACCAGCCUCCCCAGCGCCCCCCGCCUCCUCUCUCCCACAGCAGCCAGCCCCCCCCGAGCCGCGGGCCCGACCCGGACUUCCAGAGAAGGCAGGUCCAGUUCUUGAGGGGUCUGAAUCACGAGGCUCCACAGUUCUGGAGACAGCCUAGCCCCCCAGAUCUUGAGCCGGUUAGGAAAGCCCUGUACGACCAAGGGGGUCCCAGUCACCCUCCUGCUCCUGCUACUGCGCCGCCCGCAAGAUCCCCGGCUUCUCCAAACCAGCGCCCCAAUAACUCCUACAACUACCCCUACCCCCAGCCUCAGCCAGGAAGCCCCCGAUAUUGCCCCCUCCCGAAAAACCACGUUCGCCCCCCUCGCCGGUUCUUCCACCAGAACCACUACGUCCCAAACCAGAAGGGGCCGCUCUGCUCCAGUGCCCUCUCGCUGACCGCCGGCUUUCGGAAUCUGAGCUUGGGUCCCGGGAGAGACGUCCGGCAGGAGAUCCUGACGGUUUUGGGGCGCCUCCGGCCGGGGGAGACCUUGCCGGCCCGCUUGGUCGCCAAGCAGCUGGGAAUCAAGAAGAAGGAGGCGAAUCACUAUCUGUACAAGCUAGAGGGGGAAGGGAGAGCCAGGAAACAAGACGAGAGCCCCCCGAAUUGGAGCCUGGUGGCUGGGGAGGCGAGCGGCGGCAGCAACCACAGGAGAUUCAGCGACGAGGGUUCGGAAAACCAGAGGGGCGCAGUCAACGGGCCCGAGAUCGCGAACAGGGAGUCCGUCUGCGUGGAAGAGGAGAGAGGAGGUUGUGAGGCGGAAAUAGACAGCAGCGAAGGAGAAGAUUCAGAAGAAAGUUCGUCCGAAGAAGGCGAGGACGACUUCACCAUGGCGGAAACUCGGGAGCGUAUCUGUGAGUAUCUGUACGAGACCGGCCCGUCCACGCCGCUCGCCAUCGCCAAAAACCUGGGGUUCAGGACCGGGAAGCAGGUGAACCCCUCGCUCCUCUUCCUGGAGAGGAAGGGAGAGGUGAAGAGGGACGCGGGCGCCAGCCCCCCUGCCUGGGACCUGAGCCACAAGAGGAGGGAGCUUAUGGACCGGCACAGGAGAGCUGGGCUCGAACCCGCGGCCGACCCCCCACGGCCCUGCCAGGGGAUUCUGGGGGCGCUCUCGGAGAGCGAGGUGGGGAACGGGGGGCCGGCAGAUGUUCUGUUUGAGGCUGAGGGGGAGGAGGAGAUGGAUCCCGGGACCUCUGAUUCUGUCACUCCAGACCCCCAGCCACGCCCCCAGUCCCCGCCCCCUCCUCCUCACUCCUUCUACGACAGCGCGGAGAACGGGCUCACCCGCGAGCUCGACCUGGAGCUCCGGGGGAAGAACCCGGUGAGCGGGUUGAUCGAGUUCGCUCAGCACACGGGCCAGAACUGCGACUUCCUUCUGCUGGAGCAGAGCGGACCCUCCCACGACCCACGGUUCCGGAUGCAGGUGGUCCUGGGGGGUCGCAGGUUCCCGGUGGCCGAGGCAUCCAGCAAGAAGACGGCGAAGAAGGACGCGGCGGCCGGAGCAAUGAGGAUCCUGCUGAGAGAGGCUGGAGGGGGCGGGGGCGACGAGACCCCCGGGGACCACACUCAACACUCCCAGGAGCACUCUGCAGCGCCAACCGACCACGUGGCGGAGGCGGACCCUGACCCUAUCCAGUCCACCAGGUGUGUGUCGAUCGGGAAGAAUCCUGUCAGCAUGCUCAUGGAGUACGGGCAGAAAUCGGGGAACUCCUGCGAGUUCCUCUCGGUGUCGCAGUCGGGACCCGCGCACGACCCCCGGUUCACGUUCCGGGUGCGUGUCGGAGAACAGCUCUUUCCCCCCGUGGUAGCGAACAACAAGAAGCUGGCCAGGCAGCUCUCCGCGGAGGCAGCAGUGCAGGUCCUGAUGGAGGAGAACCCCCAGAGCUUCUUCACAGUAAAGCAGCAGCAGCAGCAGCUGCAGGUCAGCUUCGAGCCCCAGGACCCAGCCCCCUCUCUGAGCCUCUGCCCCUCGCUGGCCCCCCUGACGGUGCAGGAGCUGGAGGCGGCCCACGCGGCCGGGGUCGGCGACCUCAUCAACUACCUCAACAAGAACGCCAUCAGCGGCCUGCUGGAGUACGCGCGCUCCAAGGGAUUCGCCGCCGAGAUCAAACUGGUGCAUCAAGAGGGACCCCCACACGAGCCCAAGUUCACGUACCAGGCGAAGGUCGGGGGUCGCUGGUUCCCCCCUGUGUGCGCCAACAACAAGAAACAGGGCAAGCAAGAGGCUGCAGACGCUGCUCUCAGAGUGCUGAUCGGAGAGGCGGAGAAGGCAGUGCGGACUGGAGAGUUCAUAAUGGAGCUCCCUGUGAGUGGCAGUACCCUGCAUGAUCAGAUUGCCAUGCUGAGUCACCAGCGGUUCAACGCUCUCACUGCCCGGAUCCAGAACUACCUGCUGGGGCGCAAGAUCCUGGCCACCUUCGUCAUGAAGAGAGGGGAGGAGAACCUGGGCACCGUGGUCAGCAUGGGCACCGGUAACCGCUGUGUUAAAGGGGAGGAGCUGAGCCUUAAAGGGGAUACUGUUAACGACUGCCACGCAGAAAUCAUCUCGCGGAGAGGAUUCAUCAGGUUCCUGUACAGCGAGCUGUUGAAGUACGACCCUGCGUCGAAAGAGGGCAGCAUCUUUGAGCCUUCUGAAGGGGGGAAGGUUCGAGUGAAGAACGGGGUCACCUUCCACCUCUAUAUCAGCACUGCCCCCUGUGGAGACGGCGCUCUGUUUGAUAAGUCCUGCAGUGAUCUCCCUGCACCCCAGGGCUCCUGCCAGCAUCAGCCCCUCUUCGAGAACGUCAAGCAGGGCAAACUGCGCACCAAAGUGGAGAAUGGAGAGGGCACUAUCCCGGUGGAGUCGAGCGACAUCGUGCCCACGUGGGAUGGCAUCCAGCAUGGGGAGCGUCUGCGCACCAUGUCCUGCAGUGACAAGAUGCUGCGCUGGAACGUGCUGGGCCUGCAGGGGGCGCUGCUCACGCACUUCAUGGAGCCAGUCUACCUGAGCUCCAUCACCCUGGGCUACCUGUACAGCCACGGUCACCUGACCAGAGCCGUGUGCUGCCGGAUGUCGCGUGACGGAGAUGCUUUCAGACAGUCCCUGCCGACGCCCUUCACUGUCAAUCACCCGCAGGUGGGGCGUGUCAGCGUUUACGACUCGAUCCGACACACGGGCAAGACGAAGGAGUCGAGUGUGAACUGGUGCCUGUCCGAUGAGCUCAGUGUGGAGGUGCUGGACGGGACCAAGGGCAAAGUGGACGGUGUGAAGCUGGCCGUGUCUCGUGUCUCGAAGAGCAGUUUGUUCCAGCUGUUCAGAGCGCAGUGCUCUCGCGCAGGGAGGGGGGACCUGCUGGCUCUGCGCUCGUACAGGGACGCCAAGCAAGCCGCUCAGCCCUUCCAGAGAGCCAAGGAGAGCUUCGUGAGGGCGCUGGAGGACAUGAGCUAUGGGAACUGGAUCUGCAAGCCAGUGGAGGAGAAGAGCUUCAGCUACGAUGAGGUCUAGAGAGAGGGGGGGGGGGGGGGACCCUUUCCUGGGCACUGGACCCCCCCGCCUGCCGUAGACUUCAAGGAAACUGAAUCGGCCCGUAGAGAGCUUUAUAAAGGAGCAGUUUGUGACUGGAAACGCAGCCCAGUACUCCCCUUUCAAUCGAGUGGCUUUGCGUUCCUGUAGAGGGGAUGGGUCUGCUCUGUCUGUGCGGCGCACUGCGUCCUGCUGUUUCAUAGUUCUGUUUAUUUUCCAGGCAUGGGAAUAAGACCCCCCCCCACCCCCACAUUGCACAGCAGUGUGAUCCAGUCCU